UAAUCUGGCAUCUCUGGUUAACAAAUUCUUGUAGAAAAUAAAAUUGUAAACAAAAGCGAGUGUGAAUUAAAAGCUGUUCGAAUUUGUUUUACCGAAAUAAAGCUAUGAAUUCCAGUGAGGACACUGUGCUUACGCUCGACGACUUCCGAGCCUGUUGUCGGUUGUGCUUCGAUCGUAGCCAAUCACUGGAAAAUGUGUUGGCAUCCUCUCAAUCCGAGCUAGUGGAAAAAGUUCUGAAGUGUCUGGGCAUAUCGAUCGUUCCGGAAGAUUUUCCUGCGACUCUGGUUUGUAAACGAUGUCUGAUGUUGACCGAGCAGUUUUACAACUACCGCCAAAUAUGUCAAACGUACGAUCGCAUAUUCCGAACUAUUUUGGAAAACGCCCGUUCAGAAGUCGAAGAUGAUAACCCACCACUGCUUGCUACCAUCACAAAAAAUGAUGAGACGUCGCUAAUCAAAGUUGAACCCAUGGAUUCGUCUCAUCAAAUCGAACAAGAACCAUUGGAAAUCAGCUAUGGAAACAUCAAGGAAGAAAUAAGGAACCUUACGGAAGAUAUAGAGUUUUCUGAAGUAACAUUAUGUGAUGUUGGAGAAGAACAAAUUUUUUCGAAUAGAAAAAGGAGAAAAGGAAGGAAAAAGCUUAUCAAAAGCGGCCUGACGGUACGCAUGGUGAUCAACAAUAAUUUAAUGAACUGUAACAGGGUCUACGCGAAUGGUAAUUUGCACUGGACCUGCUGUAAUACGGAUUGCUUUGUGAUAUACAACACUACUCCUAACGGGACGCUCGAAUUGCGUUCGAGUAAGAAACAUAAUCAUGAAACGCACGUUAAAUCAAUAGGAAUGAUACAAGUCGUAAACAGUGGAUGUCUGGAACGAUACGCUUUGGCUUCAAUCGAAGGUGAUAAUGUCGGUCUUAAAUUGAUAUGGAACGAACAGGAGUGGAAUGUAAGGCAAGCAAACAAAAGCGGUGAUAGAAUUGCGGUUUGCGCGGAUCUUUCGAAAUGCCCUCGGUAUGUCAAAAUUAUUGGUGACUUCGAACAGUUGCAGGACUUUGGUGAACACAGUCAUCAGAAAAAUUUCUGCAUCAUAAGAUCGAACGAGGCCCCGGAAUCGGCUAUGAAUCUGUGGGAAUUAUUCUGUCAAAUCGAUCCCUGCCGCCUGUCGCUGAGCUACGACAUGGAAUUACCCAUUCGAUUCAAAUUGUUCUACAGUGGAAAUCAAUACCGGCUGGCCGAGUGUCUUUGGGACGGCUCUAGCCGUUGGCGCUGUGAUACGGUAUCCUGUCAAAUACUCUUGAGUUAUAGUGAUACCGGAGAAAUCGUCGUGAAAGAUCAUCCACACGAAGCACCGAUUGAACGCCACGGUGUGCUGAAUGGCAUCUACUACUGCGUUAUGUCCUCGAAUAUUGGAUUAAAGCGAGUAUUUUACAAUGCGCAUUGUUUCGGUAACAGAAGUACUGGAAAGUGGAUCUGUGCGGUUCCCGGAUGUCACGCUAGAUUGCAUGUUGGAGAAAACUAUGAAUCGUUUGUGAUGAAGGGAACGCACGCUCAUGGCAGCUUCGGAGCAAUUAUAAAACCAUUGCAUAAAGAUGCUAUUUAUCUAUCGUCGAAAAAUCCUAUUCUCCCCGCAAAUGUUGCAAUAGAAGAUUUGAAUGAUAUACUGCCGGAAAAACUUAGUUCAAUUGCGGCGGGUAGUUCGGCGGUAUUCAAAGAAAUAAAAUACUCGAAAUCCAAAAAGAAGAACCGAAACAGUCACGAAUUAGAACAGCAAGAAUCGGAAACUACUGCGGUGAUUCGGAUGGUUUAUGACGGUCACCGAUACACGUUCUGCGAAUUCUUCGGUGAUGGCACUUCCUUCUGGCGCUGCUGGGGACAACGUUGUAAAAAGUCCGUUCACAUGUCACCACUCGGAUCGAUCUAUGCUAAGAACGAAGUUGCUGAACAUAAUCAUCUGCCAACAGUAUUCAGAGUAGGACAAGUGCCACAGGGUGAUGGACAAGAAGCGGAAUGGUAUGCGGUUUUCGAGGAUACCCUGAACAAUACGAUUAUGAUGUAUCGCAACACUCUUUGGGUUUUGGUGCUCGGAGAGGGGAUCUACAUUGCAUCGUGUAAGGAUUUUCGCAACCAGGGACGGGAUCGGGUGCCUUGCGAUGCCAAAAUAAGGAUAUCAACUGAUUUCGCUCAUUUCGAACAGACUGGUGAAUGCGUGGACCAUAGUGAAAGAUUAUUGUUUGUUCGAAGUGCUGCAGAAGCUGUCCCAGGUGAUCCCAUGAUGUGGAAGAUGUUCCAGGAAAAACAUCCACUUUACCUCGAUGACGGAACGCUCUUUAGCGAAGGAAGGAAUUCACAUCUUUUCAUCGGGGGUUACCGCUAUACUUUACAGAGCAUGAUUUGGAACGGAAGUUCCGUUUGGCGUUGUGCUUUACAGUUAUGCACUACCAAGGGUCGGAUCACGUGCCGCGGUUAUUUCAAGACGGCGGAGCAUAAGCACGAGAAAACGGAACACAUGCAAGGUAUGAUAUGGAAUGAAAAACGCCAACAAGAAGAAAGGUACAUUGUGGCGACGACCUUGAAAAGAACAAUGGUUACAAUGUACUACAAUACUUAUUGCUAUUCCCUGAAAGACCCUCAGCGCAAUAUAUGGAGUUGCUAUCCGGGGCUGUGUAACGCAUCGCUGCGGGUCGAGGGUGAUUUCCAGCGAAUUGUGGAUGAAAUGGAUCAUACUCAUGACGGGACGUUGAUGUUAAUUCGACAGGACGAAUCUCCCGAGAGCCAGAUAAUUAUCCCACCGACGAAAGGAUCCUCGAGGAAACGGCGGAGAGAACUCGACGAAAGUCAAACCGAAACAAAGCUUGCCUGUGUCAAACCGGAACCGUUGGUCCUGUCGGAAACGAGUCCGAAGCUAGAAAGCAUACUUCAAACACUGGUGAAACGAUCGAUCAAACCACCCGAGCCGAAAAAUCUAGUUAAUGUAAUCAUUCGAUAUCACGGAGGUUUUACGUAUAGCCGAUCAACGGUACAAGCUGACGGCAGUAUGAAAUUGGAGUGCAAUAAAUUCCGCUGCCCCGGUAGGGUGAUCCUGACACCGGAUCAAACGGUUAUUCCCAAAGAAGAACAUACGCACUCGAAAAGUUUCGAUACGUGCGGAAGCAUUCGCGAUGUCAUAACGGGUGAAACUCUGACCUACAUCCUGGUCAACGGUACACAGAAGCGUUAUGUGACGUACUUUGUUUGCGAUGGAUUCCGGUAUCGUAUUCUCACCAAAUCUCAUAACAUGGCUGUGGAAUCGGAGUGGAAGUGUGGGAAAUGUGACGUGAAAAUAUCGAUAAGUAAUUUCUUCUCUCGGAUUGAGUUCAGUUCCUCUCACAACCAUGAACCCACACAUUUGUAUAUUCCAUCAACGCAGUCAGAAAAUAAGAUCAACACUGACGGAACCCAACAGCUAGGUGGAGGAACAAAUCAACCGGACGAAGUUGUAUGGGGUAAUCAUCGGUACACGACUCCGAUUUUCAUACGACGAUUGAAUAGAACGAAAUGGAUGUGUUGCCGGCGGAAAAAGUGUAGAGCAUAUUUGUAUCAAAACACCGAUGGAAGCUUCGAGGACAUGGAACCGCAUAACCAUGAUGGACCGGUUGAGACUGUUGGUGAAGCACGGUACGACGAUUCUCUGAAGAUAAAGGACCGAUAUGCAAUUCUGAAGCCCGCCGAGAGACCAAAGGUAAGGCAACUAUUGUUUCAAAAUCACAAGUAUUACGAUACUACGAAGGGUUGGGUGUGUAAUAGAAAAUCUUGCAACGGAAAGAUUCAACCAAGUAGUAACUUUGACAUGUUGGAAAUUCUCGAGGGGCAUUCUCACCAACCAACAAUUACAAUGAUUAAAUUCCAAGAAGAAAUUCAGAGCUGUUCGCUGGCUCCCCAAUAAAUGCUACUUGUUUUA